CAAAAGAGGAAGGGUAGACUAUUUAAUAAGUCAGCCAGCACCGGUAUGGAUGAGAGUGGACUAGGGGAAUAUUAAGGAUGUCUAUGGAGCUGUGUGGUCCCAACAUGACUGAGAGUGGCAGCUCUCUUUGCCAGGUGAAGCAACUUCCCCGCCACGGUGUCCCCCUUUGUCGCCUGCAGGCAUGCAGUGGACACCACAUGCACAACCUUCCUCACCUCAACCACCAGCCAUGGGUCAACCACCCAGCCCCGACUGUCGCCUCCAGCCCAGCUGUGUCUGUCCGCCACCGGGUAAAUGGAGCCAUGAUGGCCAGCAGCAGUGGCGGCGACGGCAGCCAGGAGUGUGCGGCCUCCAGACUGGGAGAGGAGGCAGCACUGGCAACUGGCAUCUCCACAGGGAAGGUGUUGGUGACAGGAGGAGGUGGAUAUUUUGGGUCCAGGCUGGGGAUAGAGCUAGCCAGCCAGGGGAUGUCAGUGAUCCUUCUGGACAUAAACAAGCCUCCCUGUGAUAUCCCUGAUGGAGCAAUCUUCUGCCAGAGUGACAUCAGGGAUUAUUCUUCCCUCUAUAAAGUGUGUGAAGGUGUCGACUGUAUAUUCCACACGGCGUCUUACGGCAUGUCCGGACCAGAACAGCUGAGAAAAGAGCAGGUGGAGUCAAUCAACAUAGGAGGGACCAAUAAUAUCAUAAACGUGUGUAAGGAGAGAGGCAUCCCUAAGCUGGUGUAUACCAGUACCAUUAAUGUGGUGUUUACUGGGAAACCAAUUGAGGAGUGUGAUGAGGCCUCAAUGCCUUAUGUGCCACCCGACGUUCACAUCGACCAUUACUCCAGAACUAAAGCGAUUGCAGAGCAGAUGGUCCUCUCCGCCAACGGAAGCUCACUGAAAGGUGGAAGCCUGCUUCGGACCAGCGUCCUGCGGCCCUGUGGCAUCUACGGACCAGAUGAGAGGAGACACCUCUACAGAGUCAUGGUGAACGUGGAGCGUCGGUUGUUCAUUUUCAGGUUCGGUGACCCGCAGGCCAGGAUGAACUGGGUACAUGUAGAUAACCUGGUGCUGGCACACAUAUUGGCAGCUGAGGCUCUCACACUGCAGAGGAACUAUGUGUCUAGUGGACAGGUCUAUUUCAUUAAUGACGGAGUUUCAGUCAAUCUGUUCGAGUGGUUGACACCGCUGUUUGAAAAUCUCGGCUACAGCGGACCGCUGAUAACCCUGCCUGUUUCAGUUGUCAAUUUAGCAGCCAACCUGGUAGAAUAUUUACAUAUCCUUCUGAGACCAGUGAUAGAUGUGCCUCUCCUCUUUACCAAAAGUGAGUUAAGGAGCAUAACCGUGAGCCACACCUUUAAGAUCGACAAGGCCCGUCGAGAGCUGGGUUACUGUCCGAAGCCCUACAGCCUGGUGGACUGUGUGGAGCAGUACCUGAAGACCAGGCAGACUCGCUCCAGCUGUCCUCGUUUCAAACUCUCCUGGACCUCCCAGAUGCCCCGAUGCCUCAUCCUCCUGCUGCUGAUGGGGCUCAGCCUGAUGCUACUAAUGCUGUGCUGCAUAGUCAGUUAGAGGAAUUUUCACUUGAAGCUGCACAACAAGCUAUUUUUCACCACCUGUGCAGACGCAUUACAUUAUUUCCCUGCUUCAUUUCAUCCACCUUUUUAAUGUUGGUAUAUGUAUUUCUGAUUGCAAGGUGAUGGAAACUAGACGGCUCCUGAAAAGUACUAAACCUGAGUGGUGUGAAUGUAUUUCUCCACAGUUUGAAGUUGCUACGGAAUAAUUGAAACAAAAAGUAAUAUUUAACUUUAUAAUAAAAAGAUAUUUAAAAUUUGAUUGAUUGUAUUUAAAGAUUGCAUUUAGCUUCUAUGAUAAUUUUUUUUGUUGUUGUGAUUUACAUGUCUUUAGAGUUUGAUUAGUAAUUUUGUACACGUUUAGCAAUAAAAGCAUUAACAAUGAAUGCCAACGACCAUUUUAUAUCUACAAUAAGCACA